AUGGACCUGGACCAGUUGGCGAGGGUGUUCGGCACCCCCUUCGUGUCGACGGGCGACUACCCGCUCAGCGACCUGGACAUCUACCUGGUCAGGACUAAGACCACCAUCACCAACCUGGACGAGCUCAUGGACCUGGGGUGGGUCAUCAUCUCGAGCUGGAUCGAGGACGAGAGCAUCAGCAAGUCGUGGGACAACAUCAUCACCGACGUGUCGUUCAGGGAGGUGGUGGUCAACCUGGACGCGGACGACCCCGGGGCCUCGCCGGAGAUCAUCACCAACAUGAGGCAGUCGAUCCAGAAGCUGAGGGCGGUCUCCAUCUCGGGCUACAGCCCCCUCGCGCCCAGGGGGUUGGGGAUGACCACCGUCAAGGAGGUGCCCAAGCUGUCGAUCAUGGGCCUGGACAUAGAGGAGUUCAAGGACAAGUGCUACUGCCUGUACGCCUUCGGGGUCUGCAGGGAGAUCAAGUGGCCGGACGGGCGCAACGCCUGGGUCGCCAAGGUGUCCGGGAACGAGGAGGCCGUGAGGGAGACGUACAAGAUCAUCAACAUGCUCUGCCCCGACUUCGUCAACGUCCACAACGGGUUCAACUUCGACUUGAGGUGCUUGGCGGCGUCGAGUGCCCUGGACCCCAUGAUCGGCCCGACCUUCUCCGAGAGGCGGUUGGGCAACGUCGGCCUCGGCAUCUUCUGGAGGUUGGACAACGGCACCAUGAUCGUGGACUCGAUGUACACCGCGGGCACCGAGCCGACCAGCAACUGGCCCUCGCUCUCCCUGGCGAAGAUGUCGGAGAGGUUCGACCUGCCCCCGAAGAUGGACAGCGGCACCAUGUCGAUCAAGGUGUCGGACACCGUCGACGUGACGGACAUCGUCGAGUACAACGCCAGGGACGCGGACCUGCACGUGUGGUUGCCCAAGAACAUGCUGAUGUGCGAGAGGCUGUGCACCCUCGCCGGCGUGGCCAGGAGCACGAUGUGGGACGCGAUCGCCAACAACACCGCGGUGAUGAUGUUCUGCCUCCAGCAGUCCGAGGCCCUGAAGAGGGGGAUGAUCCUCGACUUGGGCAGGAACACCUCCGUGACCGACGACGCGAAGUACGAGGGCGGCUUCGUCGUGACCCCGGCCCCGGGCUGCUACGAGGGGGUGGCCAUGUUGGACGGCAACUCCCUGUACGGGUCGGUGAUGAAGCACUUGCAGAUCUACGUCGACAGGUGCGUGUCGGCGCCCACCAUCGAGGCCCUCCGCAAGAAGACGGCGGUCCACCUGCCUGAGAAUGUGGAUGAGGUUGAGACCGAGAAGGUGGUGUGGAACAAGGAGGUGAUAGUCAUGAGGACCAAGCGCACCUACAUCUCGGUCUUGCAGGGCGAGGAGACCCUCCUGGGCGAGAUGAUCGGCAUGCUCAUCCAGAUGAGGACCAGCGCGAAGAAGGAGGCGUCGAGGUACCCGACCGACACCAUCGAGUGGCGCAGGUGGACGGUCCUGGGCCAGUGCUACAAGCUGUUGUUGGUCAGCGUCUACGGGGCGACCGGGGGCAAGCACAGCAUCCUGUCGUCGAGGGUGUGCGCGGAGGCCAUCACCUGCGCGGCCAGGUACUACGUCAAGAACAUGAUCUCGGUCUCGGAGAGCAGCGGCUGCACCGUCGUGUACGGGGACACCGACUCCAUCUUCCCCUGGGUCGGGGGCAAGACCAGGGACGAGUGCGACGUCGCCGGCAUGAGGCUGAAGGAGUUGGUCGACAAGAGCCUCAUCGGGACGCCGUUCGAGAACGUGAAGGCCGACAUGAAGGGCAACUACAAGCACAUGCUGAUCACCACCAGGAAGAAGUACUCGACCGUGGACUGGGACGGCCUGGUGGAGACCAAGGGCAUGACCCCCGUGAAGAGGGACACCCUCCCGAUCGCCAAGUACGUCACCAAGAACGUGCUGGCCAUGAUCAACAACACCAACCCAUUCGAGACCAAGAAGAGGAAUGUGACCGAGUUCCUCGGCAAGGUGAUGACCACCAUCAACAGCGACAAGUUGCCGGCCAACCUCCAGAUGCUCGAGACCAAGAUCAACUGCCAGCCCCACUACAAGUACCUAAUAGCAGCAGGAACAGCACUAAUAGCAGCAGGAACGGCACUAGCUGUGGCCGAACGAAUGUUCUUCGACAUCUUCGCUGACUGUACCGGUAUAAUUUGA